AACUACAUCCCUAUCUCUAUUUGACCGAGAGAGAGAGAGAGAGAGAGAGAGAGAGAGAGAGAGAGAGAGAGUAUAGCUUCUUCUUAUGUUCACUUUGCAUGAAUCACAAUCCACAAACAAUCAGCAUGUGUUCUCACGGCAUGUUCUGCGGCGCGGGGAGCAUCAAGCGAAUGGCCGAGGACGACAACGGCUGCGACGACCAGCCAUGCAAAACCCUGUCAAGAGCGUUGUCAGCGUCGUCGGCGUCGCCGAAGGGGCCGAAGAGGAAGGCGGGCAAGAACCCGUAUUCGGGGCGGGGGCUCGACAAGUUCUCGUCGGUGCUGUCGGAGCUCGAGGCCCGGAGGGAGAAGAUCAUGGCGUCCGCGCGGCCGCAGAGCGUCGCCCUGGUUCGGUUCAUGCACUCGAACUCGCACGACUGGGUCCCGAUCGUCGUCCGCCUGCGCGAUCCUCCAACGAAGGAAAAUCAGCAUCCCGCAAGUACGAACAUGCGGCUGGCAGCGGACUCGCAGCCGCCCGCGCGGCAGCUGCCAGAAGCCCCGAAGGAGGCGAGAGGGGCGACGGCGCAGAAGGCGGUGAAGAAGAGCUUUUCGUGGGGAAGCGACAACAACAGAAACAACAACAAGAGGAGGGGAUACAAUUGGGUUGUGGUGAUGGUGAUAAUAUUGGCGUGUUUAAUGGUGUUUGGGAGGGUGUUUGCUAUAUGUUGCACCUCAAUAUGGUGGUAUUUGGUGCCCACUUUGAAGGGGGAGGAGGAGGGGCAAAAUAGGAGAUCCAUGAAGACGAAGGAUUAUGGGAGGAGGGUGAGUGCCAAGGGGAUUAAUACUAGUAGUAAUAAUAAUAAUAAUAAUGCAUUAACAUCUCCAAGAUCAGCUCAUGCUACUCAUGGAAAGAGAGGUUAGGUUAUUAAUUAAUUAAUGUCUAUAACUUAAAUUUUGGUUCUUCAUCUUUUUCCACUUUUUAUUUCCCCCCUUUUAGUUGUUAUUAUGUUAAUGAUGUAAAUUACAAGCUUUUCACAAGUUGGGUUUGAGUGAGGAUCAACCUCAAGAGCAUUAAUUUGCUGUGCAUUAAUUUUUGUUUAUGAAGUUUUGUUAAUUGCACUCCUCAAUUGGUGUGGUUUCCCCAAUAUAUGUUCCAAAAUAUUUUA